AUGAAAAGGAGAAAGGGUGUCCGUGCUACAUCGUGGUUCCCGUCCUCAUCGCCGCGACUCCUUCAACCCCUCGCCUUCGCCUUCCUCGUCACCAUCAUCGGCUUCGGCACCUACGUGAACCUGUACCCGGGCCGCGCAACUCCUCCAAACCUCGCCUUCGCCUUCCUCGUCACCAUCAUCGGCUUCGGCACCUACGUGAACCUACCCAUCUACCGCCUCAUGGGCGAGUACCCACUGCUGUUUCCGACUGCAGCAGCGCUCCCGUGGAUCGGCUUCCUCCUGUCGGGCUUCUUCGCCUUCAUCUGCCGACGCACCCGGGCGGAGAUCCUCACCAUCGCAAUUGAGACGGGCAUCCAGAACAUCGGCAUCGCCAUGCUUGUUCUGCUCUACUCCAUGCCUCAGCCCGAGGGCGACAUCGGCGCCGUGAUGCCGCUCGUCGUCUCCCUCUUCACACCCAUCCCCCUGAUAAUUGCCUACAUCGGGCUGCUCAUCAAAGAGGGCAAAUGCACACGCUGCUGCAAAAAACCGAACAGUCGCGAAGACAAGGCGAGUGAGGAACAAGGCGAACCCCUGCGGCCGGCUGACAACGACGUCGAGGUGGCCGACGCCGACGUCAACUCCGACGACAUCCGCAAAUUGUCAUACUCUAAAGACCACAUCAUCCAGACUAUCAUUUCGUAG